AUGGACCCAUCCCUUCGCAUCGUACCGGCAGCACCCGCCAAGUCCGUCUCCACGGCCAACACCGCCGGCUCGCUCGGCCUCCAUGACACUCUAACAUAUGGCCCCCGCACCUUCGCCGGCGAGAUCAAGGGCCAGACUGCCUUCCAGAACCGCAUGGAGAAGUGGGAUGAAACGCAAGAUAACUUGCGAUUGACAUUGCACCGUAACCUCUAUGGUGUGGCUGCACCUAUGAUGCAGCUCAUGGAGCGCAAGCUCGUCUCUUAUAACCCUCACAUGCCCACGAUGAAACGCUCCAAUGUUCAUCUAGACGUCUUGCGAGGGACAGAUGACACGCUCGAUGUAUCAGACUUCAUGCAUAACGAGACGGGCCCAUCUAUGGACAUUCACGCCGAAAUGGAGAAGAAGCUUCGCAUGUAG